AACUCUACUGCGUUUGUUUGUCAACAAAUAGGCAGAAAUACACAUCCAAAACGUUCGCGUUUUUUUUUCUACUGCACCUACUGCUGAAAACCCCAACAUUUUAGGGAAAUGACCACACCGGAAGUGCCGAACAUGACCGAGUUGAUCGAAAACGAGAAGAACAAAACCGAUGUGAAGUGUACGCACUGUGAUUCGCUGAUACUGAAGCCUGCGAGUGCACGCUACGUGGAGAGUGAGUACGACUUACCGGAGCCACAUGCGAAGAAACGUUCGACCACGGCGGGGGGACCGGUUGAGUUCGCAUGUGAAACACUGAAAGACUUCUGGGUGGUGAACGAUAUGUUUACCUUCGAAAAUAUCGGAUUCUCCCGAACGGUUGAUAACACUAAGUAUCUGAUAUGCGCGGACUGUGAGAUCGGCCCCGUCGGGUAUCACGAUCUGCAAACGAAACGAUGCUACAUUGCACUGCAACGGGUGAAACACGUUGUGUGAGUUCGGUCCGUAAAGCAGCCAGGAAAUGAGUGCAGCGGGCUGUGGUGUGUGUGUGUGUGUGUAUGAGGGGAGGGUCUAAGUUUCGGUUUAUAACACAAAUGACAACUGCAUAGCGUAAUCAUAUACCUCUUUUUUUCAAUUCCACGCUUCAUUAGACGAGCUUAGAAUCACUUAGAAUCUAGACAACGUAAGGUAUAUAUUCCGAAGAAAACACAUAUUUCAUUUAGAGUUAAAUGAUAAAAUUAAUGUAUGGAAAAUUGUGGACUAUUUUCCAAAAUUAAAUACAUACUAGAACAUAAGAUAGUAUC